AGCAAAAUUACUGGACACAGAACACAAAGCUUGACUUGGCUUUCAAGUCUUAUAAUAAAAUUAAGAAGAAGUUUAGAUUAGAGAGAGAGAAUAAUGGUAAGAAAAAAGAAGAGAUUGGAAUAUUGGUGAGGUGGAAGCAUCCACUUUUGGUUCUAGGUAGCUAUCUAUCUCUUCUACAAAACUUGUUCCUCUCUCAACCCCCUUCCUUAGUAGUACUCAAAAUGUCCGACCCAGCUUCCAAACCCAACGGAAACGCCGCGGCCGCCACUAACGGCAAUCCCGGACCCGUUAAGUCUCAACUCUACAACCCCAACCGUCAAGUUUACCGGCCGCAAUCGCACUACCACCGUCGCGGCCAACGCUCCCACCGCAACUUCUGCUGCUGCUGCUGCUUCUGGACCAUCCUCACCCUCCUCGCGGUGGCUCUCCUCGCCGCCAUUGUCGGCGCCGCACUUUACGUACUCUACCGCCCUCACCGUCCCGAAUUCUCCGUCACAAACCUCCGCAUUGCGAAGAUGAACCUCACCACUUCCGCCGACUCCCCUUCCCACCUCACCACGCUCUUCAACCUCACUCUCAUCGCGAAGAACCCUAACAACCACCUCGUCUUCUUCUACGACCCGUUCUCCGUGACGGUGUUCUCGAACUCCGUCCCCGUCGGAAACGGUUCCGUUACGGCGUUUACUUCGGACAAGAACAACCAGACGAGCCUCCGCGCGGUGCUGUCGGGGUCCCAAGAUCUGGACACGGACUCGUUGACUAGCCUGAGAUCGGGGCUGAAGAUGAAGAGAGGUUUCCCCGUGGAGAUUCAGAUGGACACCAAGGUGAAGAUGAAGAUGGAUUGGCUCAAGAGCAAGAAGGUCGGAAUUCGAGUCACCUGCGACGGAAUCAGAGGAACCGUUCCCUCCGGCAAGUCUCCGGCGGUGGCCUCCGUCGUCGACUCCGAGUGUAAGGUGGAUCUUCGAAUCAAGAUCUGGAAGUUCUCCUUUUAAUAAUAAUAAUAAUAAUAAUGUCUUUUUUUGAUUGAUUGAUUGUUAUUAUCAUUGCAAAAAUUCGUUAUUAUCUAUCGACAUCAAUUUCACUAAUCAAUCCAAUCAACCAUCGAUCCCUUUUCUCUUUUUUAUUAUUCUUUUUUUUUUUUUUUGGUUUUCAUAAUUGCAUUGGGGGAUGAUAUAUCCUUACUUACUUUUCAUGAAAUGUGCACAAGGUCAAAUUUGUAUGGGGGGAAUGAAUUUUGAGCUUGUAAUAUGAGAUUUAGGGCUGAAUCGAAGGCCCUAAAUUUAGUUUUUCUUUUUUCUUUUUAAUUUGUCAUUGUAGUUUGUUGAUGUAAUUUGUUUCAAAGUUCUUAUUCUUAUAGUAAUGCAACUGAAAAUUAUAUCUUGGUUUUGAAA